GUCGACAGUCGACAGUCGACAGUAGAGUUAACAAGGGAGAGCGACUUUAAGAUACGACGAUGCCAGUCAAAGGACUUGUGGAGCGGUUAGCUGCAGGGGAAAAUGUCAUCAUUGCGGAGGGAUAUUUGUUUGAGUUCGAGCGUAGAGGUUAUCUCAAGGCAGGGGCUUAUGCCCCGGAAGUUGUUAUAGAACAUCCGGACCUGGUGAAAAGUCUUCACGAGGAGUUUGUACAUGCUGGAAGUGACGUUGUUCUAGCUUUUACAUAUUAUGGUCACCGGGAAAAGCUGAGGGUAAUAGGCAGAGAAAAUGAUCUGGAAAAAUUGAACAGAACAGCUUUAAAAAUCGCCCGCCAAGUGGCGAACGACACCGGAACUCUGAUGGCGGGCAACAUUUGUAACAGUACUGUGUUCAAGAGAGACGACAGGAAAUCACAAGAAGCAGCAAAAGCUAUCUUCAAGGAGCAAAUAGAAUGGGCCGUUGAGGAAGGAGCUGAUUUUAUCAUCGGUGAGACAUACAGCGAGCUCGCAGAAGCUUUGUUGGCCUUAGAGACAAUAAAGGAGUAUGGGAAAGGUUUGCCAGCAGUCAUCACGUUCAUCAGCCAUAUGCCUGACCAUACUUUAGACGGGGUACCCUACGGCCAGGCGUGUCGCCGUCUGGAGGAGGCUGGGGCUGCUGUGGUUGGGUUGAACUGCGGCAGAGGGCCAUGUACCAUGUUACCACUGUUGAAGGAAAUCAAAGAGGCCUGUAAGGGCCCCAUAGCCGCUCUGCCCGUUCCUUACCGCACAUACUACGACAGGAAGAACUUUCAGUCUCUCAAGGAUGCCGUGACAGGUGAGCGAUCGUUUCCAGUUGACCUACCGGCGCAUGCGUGUAGUCGUCACGACAUAGCUAUGUUCGCACGAGAAGCCAAACAGAUAGGUGUCCAGUUUAUCGGUCUUUGCUGUGGGAACGCCUCGCACUACUUACGUGUGCUGGCGGAGGAAUAUGGCCGCACUCCCGCCGCUAGUAAAUAUUCCCCGGAUAUGUCGCAGCAUUUUUGUUUUGGUUCCAAGGAUAAGUUUGACCCGUACUAUACCGAAGGGCUGAUGAAAGAUUUGGUUGGAACUACCUGAAUCGUCUCACUGACUACAGUGGGGAAGAUUGGCUUAUACAAGUUGUCGGUAUACCACAUUACGUGUAUAAUGUCAUUCGUAAUGCCAUUUUAGAAUAGAACCGAAUCUACCACUCUCUGUUGUAAAUAGCCAUAUUGUUUUCCCCAAAUAAGAUCACUGACAGAAACUUCCUACCGAAAGGACAUCAUACGUAAAGGAAUAGGAGUUCUACUUUCAGGUUUUCAUUUUGAGUAUUUCUUGUUCCACAUGUUACAAAUACAAAGUCUUUGUGAAAUUAUUCGCCACGAAUCACAUAAUCACACGAAUAAAACACAUAAAAGUUAGGACCAACAGAAAAUCCUGUUGAUAAUCUUAUCCAAAUGGACACUGAUUCAGGGAAUUUAACCAAAAGUAUAUAUCGUCCACUCUAGCUGUCUUGUAUAUGUAUAUUGCCAAAAAUCAUGUUAUGCAUUUAUAAAAACAUAUUCUGUUCUGUUCACUGUAUUAUGUAAAGCGUAAAAUUAUGUUUAACUUAAUAAAGCUU